AUGGCCAAAUCAUUUGCUGCAGUAGCCCAGGAAGAUUUGGAUAGCUUUACCUUGAUCAGGACAGGUUCGGGCUUUGCACUCAAAGCCUUUCAUAUUCCUUGGAACACCCACAUCUCUGUGAAGCUGCUGGCCAACCAGGACACUACAGAGAGGGAGUGGAAUUUACUACUUCAGGAUAUAGCAAGUGUCAGAUGCUAUGAGUCUGAACGCCUCUUGCCUCCUCUUGGGAUUUACCAGUACCGUGGACUUGUGGGGAUAGUGACUGAGUGGAUGAACAAUGGAUCCCUCCACUCACUCAUCCAUGAGCACCAACUGUACCCAGAACUUCCAUUUGCCUUGCUCAUAAGGAUCCUGUCAGAUGUGGCUGAGGGGUUGCAUCACCUCCAUAGCCUCGAACCUGCUUUCUGCCACUGCAGCCUGAAACCUUCCAAUGUGCUUUUGGAUAUGCAGUACAGAGCCAAGAUAUCAGAUUACGGUCUAACUAAUUGGAGGAAAGAGCAACUGAGGUCAGACCUGCAGAACUGCAGCCAGAGAAACUGCCCGGAUUUAGUGUACCUCCCGCCUGAAAUACUUGAAGGAGGCCUUCCUUCCCAGGAGGGUGAUAUUUACAGUUUUGGAAUACUGUGUUGGGAGACCCUAAGCAGACGGAAACCUUUUGAAGGCCAAACGACCUUGCUGGAAGUUUUGACAGGAAUCUGCAGCAGUUUGCGGCCUGGAAUUUCAGAAAAGUUUAUACCAAGCAAUUUGCCUGGGAGGAAUAGACUGUUGCACCUUAUUGCUCUCUGCUGGCAUCAAGAACCAGGUUAUAGACCACAUACUGCAGAAUGUGUAGAACUUCUAAAUGGAAUUUUGACUAGCAUAAAUAAGGAGGCGAUUUCCACUGCAGUCUACAAUCUGAUGGAUGCAAAGGAGACAGCACUUAAUGCAUGCAAAGGUUCCAAAACAUACACAUUGCAGACGGGCAUACGCAAUUCAGAGGUCAUCUGUCCACAAAAAAUCAACUACAUAAUCAGCAAGAAAAUUCCUUCCAUAGUGCCGAACUUCUCAACUGUUUUACUUGAUAGCAGUGCAAAUAAUGCUGGAAGAGAAAAUAUUCUUGAGACGGGUGUGUCGAAUACUAUCCCACAGAAGGCAACGACAAAGAAAGAUCACCUGGGCUCUGACAGCAGAAAAUCAAAUUCCUUUUGCAUGAUACCUUUAUCUGGUUCAACCAUGGGCAAAGAAAGCAGGCAGCAUUGCGACCCAUCUCUGGCUUUUAAGCACAGACCACAACCUCUGCAUCCUGAACAAGCAGCCACAGAUCCGUGCUGCAAAGGAAACUGCUGUCAAAUGCUAGUCUGCCAGAGACAGACCAUACUCAGCUGCAUGACAGAAGGACGCCUCAACCACAUCCUCGAUGUCCUUCGCUCCCAGCAAACGUUGUCCCGAAUGGAUUAUGAGACAAUUACCUCUUACCCCACAGUGACUGGCCGUGCUCGGGCGUUGUUGGACACUUGCCUCUGCCUUGGAGAGAGGGCAGCACAGGUUGUAGUGACUGUACUUUCAGUGACCAAAUGUAGCCCUCUGGGACAAGGCAGCCAUUCUCCAGACUGUCCUUAUAAGGGAAAUAGGCUCUUGUGA